GAAAGUUCUUUAGCAUUAAGGCAUCCCAAAAAACACAACUGAAAAACUCAAGUACUAAAGUCGUUGGGUUUCCCUUUGGCAAAAAAGCGCUUUUAAUUAAGAAGAAGAAGAAGUUCCAACGCAUUAUCUCUUCUCGUCACGCUGUCUUCUGUUCUGUUCUAUUCUAUUGACGUCUUCCGCUUUUCUUCUCCUACAUAAACUAUCAGCCAAAACCAAAAGAAACUUCCUUCUCCUCUGCCUUAACAGAAAAAAAAAAAAAAAAACCAAAUUCAUCCCACAACACAAAAACUUCCAAUUCAGAGCUGCGUCUUCAAUUCAUCAAGUGUUUGAUUCAUUCGUACAGUUUUUGUUCAUUUUUUGGAGUUUCUUCAACAAUGGUUCAAAUGAAAGAGUUGUAUCCUUUUGUUCUGUACUAUACAAGUUCUCUUCUUUUUACUUUGUUUGAAUGGGUCUUUUGCUUGUUUUCUUUUUUUUUUGUAUCCGUACUUUUGAUGUUACAGUUCUAUUGUAUUUAAGCAAUUUUGGGUUUUUCGUUUCUUUGCAGGAAGUUAAUUUUGUCAGCUGAAAAUGUUUGAAAUUGGAUUCUUUUUCUGGUUUUAAUGUUGAGACAAAUUGUCCAACUUUAUGUUUCUGAUUAAUUUUUUAAAUCUAUCUUGAUGAAAGUGAAAAUAAUCAUGUUUCAUGAUGAACAAAAACGGGGGCUUUUACCAAUUCUUGCAUAUAAUUCCGCUUGGCUUUCAUGUUUAUGAAUUCCUUGACUAGGAACUUUCUUUGAAGCCGGGUUGUCAUGCCUUUGUCAUUGGAAGAGUAUCAGAUUGCUCAAAUGUACACCGUAAUGAAAAUGCAGCAGCAGAGCACCACAGGGACAGAAGGGGUGGAGGUUUUGGAGAACAGACCUUUUGAAGAUGAUGAAUUUGGAAAGGGUCAAUACACUUUGAAGUUGUACAGAUUACAGAGCAAGGUUCCUUCCUGGUUGGCAGCCUUUGCACCCGCUGAUGCCCUUGUGAUGCAAGAGGAAGCCUGGAAUUCAUUUCCCAGGUGUAAAUCAGUCAUUAAGUGCCCGUACUUCACAAGGUUCACAUUAACUAUUGAAACCAUCCACAAGGCUGAUAAUGGGUAUUCUGAGAAUGUCCAUGGUCUGAACAAACAAGAACUAGCAGCCACAGAGGUGGAAAUGAUUGACAUUGCUUCAGAUACUAGUGAUUACUGGAGCUAUAUAAUUGGCAGAAACAAUAUUGAUUUCUCUACAUUUCAAUCCACUAGAACCAGCCGGGGUCCCCUUUUAGCAGGAUGGCAGGACAAAUGUAAUCCAGUCAUGACUGCAUACAAACUGGUGACAGUUGAUGUUCCAUAUUGGGGCUUUGGGAGCAGGUUGGAGCAAACCUUGUUGACGGGUGAAAGGGCACUUUUUCUUGAAAGUCACCGGAACAUUUUCGCAUGGAUUGAUGACUGGUUUGGAUUAUCAAUGGAGGUGAUGCGUGAACUAGAGCAACAAAGUGAUACCUCAUUGAAUAAGAAACUCGGCCGGCAUCGGAUAGCAGAAAGCGAAGAAGAACUGUAUAGCCAAUGAAAGUAUACGCAUUUUGCUAAGGUAACAUACAUCAACCUCAGGAGUGUCGAGUUAUCUGUCUCCCAGAUGAAAGAUACGCGAGAGAAUCGUGCAUUUGAGACCUGGCUAUUGUCUCAUUGAGUUCAGCAAUGUGGCUGUCCUACGUCAAAGAUGUUAAUACAUGUGUUUCGAAGCAUUCAGAUCCUUUUUUUCAAUUAUAGUAAAAAAGAAAAAAGAAGAAGAAGAAGAAGAGAAGCAUUUGUAAUUUUACCCAGAAUUCACUGUAAUUCACCUUCAUUUCUCAAAUUUUGCCAAAGAUGAAUUCUUCAGUAAUUCGGCCUUUGGAUUGGUCUUUCUUUUAUUGAAUUCAUUUGUUGGUUGUAUAGUAAGAUCCAUGAUCGAUCAUGACUUAUCUACAAUGUGAGACUACGUCCAAUAACUUACUAGAUCCGGUUCAGACA